GGACUCGCGUGCCUGUGUCGGUCCCGGGGACGCAGCACGCGGGCCGUUACCUGUGUUGACCGGGUUGCGGGUUAACGGGAAAACACCGACAGAAAAAGAAAACAGAAAGAAACGCCAUUUUGUAUGAAUGAGGGAGCGAGCGGAGGACAACCGUCCGCCAUUAAAACCAUCUCCGAACGUCCCGAAAGACAAACACAAAGACCGACGAACAUUCAACAUCAUCCGCCUCUGAUCCAGCUCCGCCCCGGUGACCCGCACCGGCUGGAACCGACGGCCAGGGCUCCUCACCGGUGCUCCAGGCAGAGGUCCGCCAUGAUGGACCGACGCUGCGGUCCAAACCUUCUCUUUGCUUUCCGUUCGGCGGGACACUGUCCGCCAUUGAACGGCGGCGUAGUGUCCCCGAUGGGCACGAAAAGUCCCCCAAACCCUGUGUACCAGACGGGCCGGUCCCCGGACGCCCCGAUGCCUCAGUCUCAGCCCCGGGCCGCCGUUUAGCCUCCGGUUCGAAAGAGUCCGUUAGCACGUUAACUCCCAUACGUCCAACGGGGUAACCUUACCGCCGGUACACCGUCAGAACCCACUGUUAGCCCCUAGUAGACUUAAGGACCGGAACCGGGACUUCACCUUGAUCUGGUCUUGGCUACAGGUAGCCCGGCAGCUGUUAGCAUUAGGCUCCCGGGUCCGUUCGCGUUCAACGGAUGGUAGAUAGAAUGUGAACCGGCCCCGGUGUCCGAUAGCGGUUCGGGUCCUGAUGCGGACCCCAGGUUGGACCGGUCUGCAGCGGCUCCCGAUGCUGCCGGUCCCACUGAAGCCCUACGGAGCGUGCACACGCCCCGGUGCGCGUGUCCGAUGAAGAAGAGGUACAUGAACUACAGGAACCGGACUAAUGGGACCUGGGACAGGGUCUGGACGGUGACCGGUACUUGACCCGGACUGACCGGACCGGGUUUGAACCAGGAUGACACUGGAACUGGACGAUGGCAGAGACUGUAAAAUACGUGGACGAUGAACACAAGAGUAUCUUCCUGAAGCUACUGAACGAGCAGCGACUAGAGGGUGAACACUGUGACAUUGCCGUUGUGGUGGAGGAUGUGAAGUUCAGAGCUCAUCGCUGCGUGUUGGCCGCCUGUUCCAACUAUUUCAAGAAGCUCUUCAAGAAACAUGAGGUGGACAAUUCUUCAGUCAUAGAGAUUGAUUUCAUCCGGUCAGACAUCUUUGAGGAGGUCUUGAACUACAUGUACACUGCCAAGAUCUCUGUCAAGAAGAGAGACGUGAACCUGAUGAUGUCUUCAGGACAGAUCUUGGGGAUCCGCUUCCUAGACAAACUCUGCUCACAGAAACGGGACGUCUCGUCAGAGGACAAAGAGAAGUUUCCUUAUGACAUCGUGAAGAUGGCUCUGCCUCCAGAGGCUCAGCUGGCUGCUGAUGCUGAGGUUCUAGGUGAGCAUGAUGAACCACCCACUGAUGACCUUGUGGAGGCGUCAGCCAAUCAGGAGUUGGAUAAGUCUCCCAGUGCAGCGCUGCGUGUCCAGGAAGCAAUCCUCAAAGAACUGACCAACGAGGAUGUCCACAAGGUGACCUGCUACGACCAGGAUGUGGUGACGGAGAUGGAGACAGAACCUAAAGAGUUGGGGGCGGAGCAUCACGCUACCCAGACACUGACAUUUCCAGACAGUAUGGGCGAGGUGAAGGACGAGCAACCGCCAGGAUGGACGACUGCCACCGCCGAUAUGAAGUUUGAAUACCUGCUGUAUGGACACCGAGAGCAGCUCGCCUGCCAGGUGUGUGGGAAGACCUUCCUUGACGAAAGCCGUCUCAGGAAACAUGAGAAGCUUCACUCUGCUGAACGACCAUUUGCCUGCGAGAUCUGCACCAAAGCUUUCACCACACACGCUCACCUGAAAGAACACCUGAAGAUCCACACAGGUUUCAAACCCUACCGGUGUGAUGUUUGUGGGAAAUCAUUCAUUCGAGCUCCAGACCUGAAGAAACACGAGCGAGUUCACAGCAAUGAGAGACCAUUCGCCUGCCAGAUGUGUGACAAGGCCUUUAAGCACAAGUCUCAUCUGAAGGACCAUGAGAGAAGACAUAGAGGAGAGAAACCAUUUGUGUGUCCAUCCUGUACAAAGGCGUUUGCCAAGGCAUCGGAUCUGAAGCGUCAUGAGAACAACAUGCACAGCGAAAGGAAACAGCUGAACCCUCUGCAGAGCGACACGGAGACACUACAGGCUGCUGCCAUGGCAGCAGAGGAGCAACAUCUGGACACCAUCAGCUGCACAUAACAUCUGGACACCAUUAGCUGCACAUAACAUCUGGACACCAUCAGGUGCACACAACAUCUUGACACCAUCAGGUGCACACAUCUGGACACCAUCAGGUGCACACAACCUCUGGACACCAUCAGGUGCACACAUCUGGACACCAUCAGCUGCACGUAAUAUCUGGACACAUCAGCUGAUUGAGGACCUCUGGAACCACAUCAUCUGAUCUGAUAGAAACAUCUAGAUGAUAUCAGCAGCUCCUAACAGGAGGAACAUCAAAAUCUGGAUUAAUGAACAUAACCUGAGUAAACCUCAGUCAUGGAUUCACUGUAGGUUAAUGCUCCAUUUUCAUAACGUGAAUCAUUUUAAUGCAGCCGUUUGUAGUUUUGUAGCUUUCAGUUUGUCAGUGAACUCAACCUGGACAUGGAGUUAUUGACAUGUGAUAAUCAUGUUCCGUGUGCUGCUCCCGUUGUCAUGUAUGAUUUGUAAUUUUUGUAAAUUUUUUCCGGUGUGAAGCGGACUCUGUACAGAACACUGUGGGUUUGUGUUUGUUGUAAAUAAAACUGUGGGUCUGUUCAGUUUCAUGAGCAGAGAUGCUGAUUUUAAAGCUCA